GUGUGUAACACGCUUUCAUGGUCGCAGUGAUGCAGACGAACAUGGGAGAGAUCGAGAACAGCACCGUGCGACCCAAAGUCACCGAUUCAAAAGGCAUUCUCAUACAGAACCGAGAAUUCCUCGAUUAUUUCUGGGAUAUCGCGAAACCGGAGCGAGAGAUCCGACUCAAAGCGGUCGAGAACUUGAUUGAGCACUUGAAAAAGAGUGAGAAGUCAGAUGAGUUGCAGUAUUCACUGAAGAGACUGUUAGGUGGUCUUUCUCACACAAGAGAUGAUGCACGGUCAGGAUACAGUGUCGCACUGGCACAGUUGCUAAGUAUUUUUGAGGAGAUCUCGCUGAAAUCCACUCUAGACAGCAUCAAAGAAAAACACAACCUCCAGUCAGCCAAGAAGAAAGUUAUCAGAAAUGCAGUGUUUGGGAAUUUCUUCGGGGUACUCGCCCUGUCCCAAUCCACACGUCUCAACAAGGAGCCACAGGUUCUGCUGGAGUGUGUGCAGCUCCUGCAGAGCCUGGCCCAGUAUAGAGAACACCUGAAAGACCUGCCCAGAAAAACGAUGGUCGACAUCCUGUCAGAGACAUCGCAGGAGGUGUUUGAAGAGGUGCUGUUGAGCGCCCUACAGUCUGACCUGACCUCUGCCCUCAACUCACCUGAGCAGCUUGAGCUUCUUCUGGUGGCCAUACAGAAGUUUCCUUCAGUUCUCAAACCAAAGAAACUGAAGAAACUAUUGGGAACCACAAAAGUCAUUACCAAAGAGAACAUGCCCAAGUUGGUGGAGGUUUUAAAGAUGGCUGCUCGCGCUGUGAAGAAGGAAAACAUGCUGCCCGCUGUUGCUCUGGACUUGCUGCAGGCGUCUCUGCGUGAGGAGAACUUUGAGAUGUUCUGGAAUGAAGCCAUCUUCAGUGGCAUGAUGUCAGAGAUGCCUGGACCCACACAUUAUUUGAGUUUCCGUCUGCUGGGAGCUGCUCUGCCACUGUUAUCAGUCCCUCAGCUUCAGUUUGUGCUGUCUGGUGAUGUCAUGAGAUGUUAUGGUGAACACAUACUCUCUGCACAGAUGCCAGAUCGCUUCAAGUUUGCUCCUGAAAUGGACAGAUAUGUGAGUGAGUUCAUGCAGGGUUGCAGUGACUCUGAUAAACAGCUCGCUGUCGUGCUGGGCUUCAGUCAGCUCACUAACCAGGGUUACCCUGUAGUGCCAUCCUACUGGAAGGUUCUUGAGCACAUGAUGCCAUCUGCAGUGCAGCAGUACGUUGACUGGCUGAAAAAGGCAUUCUGUAAGCCACAGCUGGAGAAAUGUUUGGAAUUCAGCACACGCAAACAGAAAGGAAACCAAGAGUCUGUAUUAGACAAUGACAGCUGUGUGGCCAGGUUUCGUAAAUGGAUCAUUCCACGACUCGCAUGCAUUGUGGAAAACCAUCAGAUAAAGAAAGAGGAAGAUCUUGUCAUCAAUGUUGCGAGGUUUAUUUUCUUUCAUGGCUUUUUUGAUGUGAAGAAACCCACUCCAGAGAUCCCAGAGACAACGCUAGCUCUCUCAGUGCCUAUAGACCAACAGACACGAUCCAACGUCUCUUCAGCCUUCUAUAGUCUUCUGCAGAGUUUGAACUCGAUGCCUGUCUUGGGCGAUUCAUCAGACUGCGAGGGGCUGAACUCCAGGAGGACUAUGGGUGUUAAAGCAGAUGGAACCAUGUGGAUCUACAGUCUGGUGCAGUACGCUGCCAUGCUGCUCAACCAGAACAAAUAUGUCCAGAGCGUUCACACCUUCAGUCCAGAGCAGAGACGAGCCUGGAACAGCAUGCUGGAAUCAGUGGAGGCUUUGAGAAAAAAAGCAAAGAAAUCAUCCACCUCUGAACAUGCAGCAUUCCAGCAUCUCUUUCUCCUUGUUGGCAUCCAAAUGUUCAAGGCUCCAGAGGAAAGUUUGGAGCUGUCUAAUGAUUUGCGGACCUGCAUGGAGAAAGCUCAAGCUAAAAAAUCUAAAAAGAAGUCCGCAGCAAAUGGCAAGAGUUCAGAUGAGGAGCCGCACUGGGUGGAGGUGGUUGUUGAGAUUUUGUUGUCACUCCUGUCUCAGCCCAGUCGACUCGUGCGUAACGUGUGUAAAGCUGUGUUUGGUCGAAUCUGCCCUCAUGUCACUCAAGGAGCGCUCAAUUCCAUCCUGAACGUUCUGAACCCAAACAAGGAUGAAGAUGAAAGUGGUGUUGUAGUUACUGACGAGAAGGAGGGAGAGAAGAAGAAACCGAAAAAGGAGGAAGAAGAUGAAGAUGAAGAGGAUGAGGAAGGAAAUGAAGGUGACCAUGAAGAGGAUGAAGAAGAUUCUGAUUCCUCAGUUGACGAAGAGGAGGAUGAAGCCAUGGAAGAAGGAGAAGAAGUUGAUCAGAACUUCCGUUUGGAGUUGAUGAAGGUUCUUCAAGGACAGAAUGCUCUGGCCACAGAGGAGGAUGGCAGUGACGAAGAGGAGCUGGAUGAUGCUGCCAUGAUGAAGCUUGAUGGAAGCCUGGCUGCUCUCUUUCAAGAGCAGCAGAAAAAGAUCCAAGCCAAAAAGGACGAGAAGGACCGACUGCGCAAGGAAAAGGUUCUUGUGCGGGACUUCAAGAUUAAAGUACUGGACAUGGUGGAGAUGUUCUUGAGUAAACAGGGGAGCAGUGCUCUGGUUCUGGGGAUGGUGGAGCCUUUGCUCAAUGUGAUCGAGAGCGGAAUGAGCUCAGAAACCAGCCAACAGGAACAAGACUACCUGAGCAAGGCCGCAGACAUCUUCAGGAACCAGCUUUGUCGUGGGAAGUAUUACUGCAGAGAUGUUGAAGGGCGGGAGGCGGAGCUCCAUGAAAUGUUUGAGCGUUUAAUUAAUCGAGCGCAGAAACUCAUAGACUCGUCUGUAUCACUUUAUUACUUCAGUGCUGCACUCUAUGUGGUGAAAGUGUUGAGAGGGGUAGUGAGUGAACAGGACUCAAACACACAGUCAACACUGUCAGAGGUAAAUCUUAUGGGGAAAGUGGAUGUUGAGAGGGUCACAUCUUGUUUCAAAGACGCUCUGACGUCUUUCAUGACACGGAGGAAAAGCCCUCUCACCGGAGCCAUGUUCAUAGAUCUCUUCAACAGGUUCCCUGUAUUGUGUGUGAAACUGUUGGACACCGCUGUUGAAAACAUCACAGGUGGACUGCGGGAACAUCAGCAGGGUCAGGCAUGUGCCAUGGUGUUCAGGGCCCUACAGUCUAAAGAAGUGAAAAACCUCAUGUCUGAUGCCAAAUGGACUGAGCUGUAUCAGAAGAUUGUGGAGCAACUCUCUAAGAGUUUUGAAAAUGUGCAGAGUAAGAACAAAAUGGUUCACGAGAAGAUGGUCAGAUCACUGGAGCUCUGUCAGUACCUGGUCAAAACUGUUAGAAAUCAGAAGAUGCAAGUGAAUCUUGAUUGUCUUGAGAAUGUUCUUAAGUCCAUGAAUGCAGAAGGAAGCUUGCAGAAAGCAGGACAGCUGGAGGACACAUACUGGAGUGUCAUGAGAUUAUUUGGCACUCUGAAACCCAAGAUAGAAAAGGUGAAGAAAAUUGAUGAGACAGAGCAGAAAGCAGAGACCACAAAGAAAAAGGGGUUUCUCCCUGAGACAAAGAAACGCAAAAACCGUAAGAAGCCAGCGGUUCUGGAGGGUAAAGAGAUGCUGACCUCCAGAGAAACUCCUGAAGGAGCAUCAGGAGAGCAGGGCAAGAAGAAAAGGAAAGGGAAGAACAAGAAAAGGAAACAUCAAGGAGGAGAAGAGACACAAGCUCAGCCGCCCGUAAAGAAAGCCAAAACACAACAGCCACAAAACAAGUAUAGAAAAAAGAAGGGAGUACAGCAGGCGAGUGAUGGAAAAUAAAUGGACAAUAUGAUAAACAGGACUGUUAUUAUUUCAUAUAUCUGUAUUAUUUGCCUUUUGGAUUGUUUGUGAUGUCUCGCAUGAUAUGGUUUUUGUAAAAGUAAUACAUGAAUAACUAAAAGGCUUUUUGUUGUUUUUGCAUGUUCUAAUUACAGUUAGUUUGACAUUGUAGAUAUUGAGGGAUUUAAAGGAAUAUUCCGGGUUCAGUACAAGUUAAGCUCAGUGCAGAACAUUUCUGGCAUAACACUGAUUACAAAAUAAUUUGUUUACUCGAACGCCUUUUCUUAAAAAAAAAAGCAAAAAUCAAAGUUACAGUGAGGCACUUGCAAUGGAAGUGAAUAGGACCAGUUUUGGAGGGUUUAAUGCCAGAAAUGUGGAGCUCAUAAUUUUAUAAAAACACAUUAAUUCUUCUGUUAAAACUUGGUUAUUAUUUGAGCUGCAAAGUUGUUUAAAUGGUCAUUUUCACUGUUGUUUUUACAUCGUCAUGGCAACGAAGUUGUAAAAUUGGCUAUAACUUUACACAGUAAAGGUUAGUAAGUGAUUUUAUCUCACUGACAUCAUGUGAUCAUGCUUAUUGUUUACAUCUUGUGGCUAUACUUUUGAAACAGUGAGUAUUUUAACAUUUACAGAUUGGCCUCAUUCACUUCCAUUAUAAGUGCCUCACUGUAACCCAGAUUUAUUUAAAAAAAUAUUUUUUUGAGGUAAUCAACAUUAUGGCAAAAAUGCUGUCGAUUUAUGCCGUUGGCAUUAACACAGCCAAAAUGAUCAAAAACCAGAAAUGUCACCUUCGUGACAUUUUGUGCGACCUUCGGGACAUUUUUGUCUUUUUCGUUUUUGUUUUUUUGAUCAUUUGUCUUAAUGCCAAUGGCAUACAUUUUCAUUUGUCAAUACCAAUGGCAUAAAUUUUGCCAAAGGUGUUUAUUUUUGGGGGAAUUUUGAUAUUUCAACCUCAGUUCCUUUAAUACAUCUAUAAUACACUGUGUACACAAAAUAGUUACACUCAGGACCUUCAGGACAAAAAUGUCCCCAUUGAAACCCAUUAAAACUGUAAUAUUUGUGCCAUUAAAGCAUAAAAUAAUGAAUUCUAUGAAAUUAUGCUUUCCGGAGCCCUGGCUUCAAAAUUUAAAAUUUUUAUAUUUUUCACCAGAUGGUGCCAUUUUUCUCAUGUUUAGCCUAUGGAGCAAAUACAUGCUUUUUUCCUAUUUUCUGUUUGCUGUAUUAUAGAGCACUGCAGGCCAAUUAAAUAAAUGAUGCAGAUAAAAUUGUGUGGGUGUGUUGGUUUGGAUGUCAGAGUGUGUUUCGUAUGUGUGUAUUGAGAAAUUUGUGUGUAACAAAAAAACAAAAAACCAACAGUGACAUUAUGUAAACAAACUGGCAAUUAAAGGGUUAAAAUCCGGAAAGUCAGUGAAAGUGGAAAAUAAUAUGAUUAUAUAUUUAUGGCAGUUUUUUUGAUUCUGACAUUUUUGUCUUCUAAGGUCCUGAGUGUUUUUUGUUUUUAUUUUAUUUUUUUAUCUGGCACUGCAGAAAAAAUAAUAAUGCAUCAAAAUCAGUGUUGUUGCUAAACAUUGACAUAUCCCAGACUGUGAUAAUCUCUCCCCCCCCCACCCCAAAACAAUUCCGCUUGGCAUUUAGUAUAUGGGAAAUAUAUUUUUUUUGUUUCUUUUAAUAAAAAAAACAGUGGCAUUAUAUAAACAAACUGGCAUUUAAGGGGUUAAAAUCCUGAAAAUGAAUGAAUAGUUAAUGAUAGUUAUGAUCAGGAAAAUGCUAGUUAAAAAAUUGUCUCAUUGAAAGUAGAAAAUAAUAUUAAUAUAUAAUAUUACGGCAGUUUUUUGAUGUGGAUGUUUUUGUCCUCGAAGGACCUCUGAGUAACUUUUUUUUUUUUUUUUUAAUUGACUCACAAGGGUUAAAGGUAUAGUUCGUACAAAAUAAAAAAUUCUCUCAUCAUUUGGUUAUUCUCAUGACACCCCAGAUAUGUGGUCUAAUCAACGUCUUCUGAAGUGAUCCAGUUGGUUUUGGGUGAGACCAAAAUAUAACUAAUUUUUCACCAGGGCUCUCCGUAAUCACAAUAGACACCCCCCCCCCCCCAAUAUUCAUAAUAGUGGUCUACUAAUAUGGGGUUUUACCAUGGUUGAUUAUUAAAUUACUGCAUUUGGUCCCCCCCAAUCCUGAAUAUGUGGUUACAAUCUUGUUUUCCACUAUACAUCUUGCCAUUGCUGUCUCUAUAGGCACGGUCAUGAUUUCAAGCUCGAUUCCUAGUGCUUGAUGCAUAUGCAGAGUUCCUUAAUCGAGCUUGAAAUCAUGAUCACCAAGGAGACUGCUGUCAAGAUGUACAGUGAAAAAGGAGAUAUAUUUUGAUCUGUUUUCACCCAAAACCAACUGGAUCGCAUUAGAAGACAUGGAUUAAACCACUGGAGUGUUGUGGAUUACUUUUAUGCUGACUUUAUCUCCUUUUUGGAGUUCUGAUCACUAUUCACUUGCAUUGUAUGGAUCUACAGAGCUGAGUUAUUCAAGAAAUCUUUGUGUUCAGCAGAAGAAAGAAAGUCAUACACAUCUGGGAUGGCAUGAGGGUGAGUAAAUGAUGAGAGAAUUUUCUCUUUUGGUGAACUGUCCCUUAAACUUGCAAUGAACCUGCAAUAUUCAUUUUAAAGAGCUCAAAAAAUUAACUACAUUUACAUAAUGUCAUUUGAAACAGAUAUUUGGUUUUGAACUGAAAACUAACACCUCUCAUUACACUUAUUUAUGAUUGAUUGGAUCUGUCUGGGAAUGUGCGAGUAUUAUUUUACAGAUUUCAUGGUAAAAAUUCUGAAGAUAAUACACGAUUGUGGGUUUAAGUACUACAUCAAGGCAUUUUAUACAAUGGUGGGUGGCUGACAUGAUGAGAAACUACAAUUACCAGUGAAUCAGAUGUAAGAUGGUACCAGAGAAACCAAAAAUAAUGUCCUGGGCCCUUGAAUUAAGCUAAUUAAGAUUUUAGCCUACAAAUUACCAUUCAUCUCAUACAUAGCCCUGCAGGAAAAUCCAACUAUUUAACCACGGGAGUCAUAUGGAUUACUUCUAUGCUGCCUUUAUGUGCUUUUUGUAGCUUCAGAUUUCUGGCCACCAUUCACUUACAUUGUGUUCAGCAGAAGAAUAAAGUCAUAUACAUCUGG